CCCUGUGAAAGGGUCGUUCGACCCCCGAAGGGGUCGCGACCCACAGGUUGAGAACCGCUGCAUUAGAGCAAACUGGACAAAGGGUACAUGGGACCUUCUGGCACAUAUUUUGGGAACUUCUAAUUGGAAAAUAUUUAAGCCUCAACAAAUGAAUUCCACACUUGAAUUCUGCCGCAUUCCUGUGCCACCUCCUCCUUUAGAAAACUGAUCUUAGAACAGAGAAGUAAAAGAGUGAUCAAAGGUAAAAGAAGAUGCUGGGAUCUGAACGUGGAGUUGUGGAAGAAUGGUUAUCAGAAUUCAAGGCAUUACCUGACACUCAGAUCACCAAUUAUGCUGCAACUUUACACCGGAAAAAAACACUGGUACCAGCCCUCUAUAAAGUUAUUCAAGAUUCAGAUAAUGAGCUCCUGGAGCCUGUUUGUCACCAGCUGUUUGAGCUCUAUCGUAGCUCUGAAGUUCGACUUAAGAGGUUCACAUUGCAAUUCUUGCCAGAAUUGAUGUGGGUUUAUUUACGGCUUACAGUUAGCCGAGACAGACAGAGUAAUGGUUGCAUUGAAGCACUUCUGUUAGGAAUUUAUAAUUUGGAAAUUGCUGAUAAAGAUGGAAACAAUAAAGUUCUAUCUUUUACUAUCCCUUCCUUAUCUAAGCCUUCAAUAUACCAUGAGCCCUCAACAAUUGGAUCCAUGGCUUUGACAGAAGGGGCACUGUGUCAGCAUGAUCUCAUCAGGGUUGUUUAUAGUGAUCUUCAUCCUCAGAGGGAAACAUUCACUGCACAAAACCGGUUUGAAGUCCUGAGUUUUCUCAUGUUGUGUUACAAUUCUGCUAUUGUGUAUAUGCCUGCUUCAUCUUACCAAUCUCUUUGUCAGAUGGGCUCCAGGGUUUGUGUGAGUGGGUUUCCCCGGCAACAUGAAAAACCCUGGAAAGAACUCUGUGGUCGAAUAGUAUUGGAUCCUGAAUUUAUGGUACAACUUCUCACAGGGGUUUAUUAUGCCAUGUAUAAUGGACAGUGGGACCUUGGCCAGGAAGUCCUUGAUGACAUCAUUUAUAGAGCUCAGCUAGAACUCUUUUCUCAACCACUAUUGGUUGCCAAUGCCAUGAAAAACUCAUUACCAUUUGAUGCUCCUGAUUCUUCACAAGAAGGCCAGAAAGUUCUUAAAGUGGAAGUGACUCCAACAGUACCGAGGAUUUCUCGGACUGCAAUUACAACAGCUUCCAUCCGUCGCCACAGAUGGAGGCGAGAAGAUGGCUUUGACUUCUCAAACGAGGCUGACUCGAGUAUUCCUGGCUCCCCGAUCCAACACGGCUCCACUGACCUAGGGAUCAAACGUGUUCAAGAGGGGGAGGUGCUGGUGCGCAGGACCCCUGAGCACGGCUCACCGGAGCCCAACUCAGCAGCAGCCACAACAGAGGGUGCUGAGGGUGUAAAUGGAGAAGAGUCGGUAAACCUGAAUGAUGCAGAUGAAGGAUUUUCAUCAGGGGCUUCCCUCAGCAGUCAGCCAUUUGGAACCAAACCAUCCUCCUCUUCUCAGAGGGGAAGCCUAAGGAAAGUAGCAACUGGCCGUUCAGUCAAGGACAAAGAAACAGCCUCUGCCAUCAAAUCCAAUGAGAGCCCUCGAGAUUCAGUAGUUCGCAGGCAGCAUGUACAGCAACCAAUGGAUCUUAGUGUAGAUUCAAUUGAGCUGACACCCAUGAAGAAACACCUGAGUCUGCCUGCUGGCCAGGUGGUGCCAAAAACCAAUAGUUUAAGUCUAAUCCGGACAGCUAGUGCUUCCUCAAGUAAAUCAUUUGACUAUAUAAAUGGCAGUCAAGCAAGUACCAGCAUUGGGGUUGGCACUGAGGGAGUUACUAAUUUAGCAGCUAACAAUACUAAUCGAUACUCAACUAUCAGUCUACAGGAAGACCGGCUAGGUCAAGCUGGAGAAGGUAAAGAGCUCCUCAGCCCAGGAGCUCCUUUAACCAAGCAGUCUCGAUCCCCAAGUUUCAAUAUGCAGCUAAUAUCCCAGGUGUAGUUUUGACAUCCUCUCUCAUCUUUCAGCUUACCUUUUAAACUGAACAUUUCAUUGUGCAAGAAGAAACUUCAUCCCACAUUGUGAAAGUAUUGGUCAUCGUAAUCAGAUUUGAUUUAGCUUAGGUAUAGUCAUACUGUAUUUUGUAUGGAAACAGCAAUAAGGUUUUCUUUCCCUUCCCUAUAUCUUCUCUUCACCUAUUCCUUGUAAAUGUGUUUGUGAAGCAGUAUAAAAUAUUUCCAUUUUCCAUGCCUUCCUUUCUCUUUGGGUGAUGUGCAAUCCAUCGUAGGCUGAUCGGUCCCAUUUCAACACUGUGAGACUGAGGAUACUUUAGAGGAAAUGGUGUAUGUGAUCCCUAUGAAAUGAUUCUUUGGCUUUCGUUAAAAAAACAAAACGGGUUUGUUCUCAUAAUCUAUAGAACUAUGAAAAUUACUGGGUCAUUCUUUUUUCUCUCUUAACCAGGAGUGCCUCAGAGAUCCUGCUGUGACUUUGGAUUUCUCUGAGUCUGUGCAAUCAUUUUCUGGAGAAGCAUGGGGAAAGGUGGUAGACUGCUGCACUUUUUCAUUAAAAUGAGGGUGGCUCUUUCCCCCUCCCCCCCCCCCAUAUCUUUUAUCUAGAGGACACAAAUGUUCAAUUACAGAGGCAUUUAAAUCAAGUUGUGGCCACCUCCAUUGGAGGGCAGGGCUCUAAGUUGAUUGUGUAAUUAAUUGAUAAUGCACUUUCUCAAUGGCUCUAUAGUCAUUAUUAACAUGCCUUCCCUCCUCCCUACAGGGACAUAAGGUCACUUCUGUCCUUCAAGUUUGAACAACCAACAAAUCAGAGAAUCCAAGGGGCAUGUUCUGUUUCCCAGGAAUGACUGACACUUUGGUGCUGGGUUUUUGUGUGGGGGGAGGGACUGGUUUUUGUUUAGCUUGUGUGGGAUUGUGUGUGUGAGGGGAAGUUUUGAUUGAUUUUCUUUCUUUUCCUUUGUGAGCUGAUGAUGACUGAAAUAGAAUAAGUACGUCUUCAGGUAAAGAAAGGGAUUUCUCAACCUACUUUCUGUGAUGUCAGACUAUUGGAGAAACCCUUUCAGCUGCUUUCUAGAUGUACCUAAAUUCAGUCAGAUGUUUUGGAUUAAGAAACCUGAAGUCCUGAUAGAUCAUAUACUCC